AUGAUAGUUCGGUCUUGUUCAAAAAGUGAACGAUUAGGAGAUGAUAAUAUAAUACAUAAAAUUAGUGAACAUCUAUAUAAUAAUCAAAAAAGUAUAUGUAUAUUAAGAGGAUUGCCUGGUAGUGGUAAAACAACGUUGGCUAGAAAAAUUGUUAAUACCUUAAAAAUUGGGAAGAUUCUUAGCACAGAUGAUUUUUUUUAUGACAAUAAGGGUAAUUACAAUUACAAUAUAAAUCAACUAAGUGAGGCUCACACUUGGAAUCAAAAAAGAACAAAAGAGUUGGUAGUUAUCGAAGAACCUCUUAUUAUAAUUGAUAAUACAAAUAUAUGUAUAUGGGAGAUGGAUCCUUAUAUAAAAUUAGCAUAUAUAAAUGGCUAUAAAAUCAAUAUUGCUGAACCCAACACUUGGUGGAAAAAGAAUAUACACCAAUUAGUCAAAACAAAUUCCCAUAAUGUGAAUGAAAAUGCAUUAUCAAAAAUGUUUAUUAAAUUUGAACAAUUCAGUGAUAAGGAUGUUAAUUUGCAUUAUUCAAUUUACCAAGAAAAAUAUCUCAACAUAAAUAAGCAUUCUAAUUUAAACUCUAAAGUUUUUGAAAAAACAACUCAUACUAUGGAUUACCAUACCCAAACACAGGGAUAUCAAAAAGAAAUCAUUACAAAAAAUAAAAGAUUGCCUAAUGAAAAUAUCCACAAACUUUUAUCAAAAUCAAAGUCAUAUGACUCUUUAAUAAAUGAUAAAAAAGAUUUUCUAAAAUAUAUUAAUAAAGCUACAUCUUUAUUAUCACUUUCUUUAAAAAAUGAUAUCAAAAAAGUUGUUAAAGAUCUAAGAAAUAUUGAGACAUCAUUUAAAAAGUUUGAUAUUCUGAGAAACUCGCUUUUUGAGAAUAAAGAUAUCACUAGAAAAACAGUUGAUAAUAUUUACAAUGAAAAU